AUGUCUAUAUUUGGACAAUCACGGAAGAGCAUAGCUACCAAUUUACACGCCGACCAUAAUACUCAGCCACGUCACAAGCGCGACAUGGCUUCAUCCCAAAUUGCGGGCCACUCGGAUCCAAAGCCAGACCUUCACGCACCAGAUAUAUAUCCAGACCCUCUUAUCAUAACACCAGAACUCGAGCAUCGACAAUCAAUCAUCAUCUUCCACGGGCGAGGGUCUUUCGCUGCUAAAUUCGCUCCCCCACUCCUGGCGACCAAGGCAGCAGGCAGCGACGAAACACUACAGGCGGCUUUCCCUCAUGCAAAACUGAUUUUUCCAACUGCAUCGCGAAAUCGUGCGACUAUCUAUAAGAGAUCAUUGACGCAUCAGUGGUUCGAUAACUGGCAUCUGGAUGAACAUACUGAGAGGCAGGACUUAAUGGCUAAGGGCUUACGGAAGAGUGUUUUGUAUAUUCAUUCGCUUCUAAGAGAAGAGAUCUCGGUCGUAGGGGCGGAGAAUGUGGUACUUUGGGGCUUGAGUCAGGGCUGUGCUACUGCUUUGACAUGUCUACUCACUUGGGAUGGAGAGCCUUUUGCUGCAGUGGUGGGGAUGUGUGGAUGGCUGCCAUUCGCAAAUGUCAUGGUGGAUAUGAUGGCAGGGAAUCAGCCAAGUUCGGAAACACUUGAUGACGAGAACCCAUUUUCGCAUUCAGGAGACGAAGAUGGUAAUCCCUUUGCGUCUGAAGAAGCAUUAGGUCUCAAUGAUCGCGGUUCCGAUUCAGCACUUUCAGCGGUCAAUUUUCUGAGAGAGGAACUCGACAUGAACGAUGACCAAACAGAGACAUUCCGAAAGAUCCCCAUCUUUCUGGGACAUGGGACUGAAGAUGACAAAGUGGGAAUUGAGCUAGGGAGAGAAUCCCAGAAGUGUUUGCAACUACUGGGGGCGGACGUCAGGAUGUUGGAGUACGAAGGACUUGGGCAUUGGUAUUCGGAAGACAUGUUACGGAACAUCUUUCAAUUUUUGAAGCAGGAACUACGAGAUGAAAAGCUGAGAUAA